AUGUUGCACUCGAUUUUCAUUAUUUCGCUAUUCGCGGCAGCAGCAUCUGCGGCAUUAUCCGAGAGCAGCCUUGAAAUUCACGUUGGCGCCCUCUCGCUCUCCGCGUCUUUCAACCCAAUCAAGGAAUCGUACUGGACAGGCUAUCCGCACCAUCGCCGUACCCCUUUCGCCGUUUCGCCUGACGGAAAGUCCGCAUACCUCGCGUAUCUCGAUGCGAGCGAGACUGACGUCCAUGUUCAGCAAGUAGAUCCCUCGACCUUCGCAGCUGUUGGCGAUGCAGUGUCAGUGACCGGAGGGAAGGAAGCCGGCGGUCUCGUCGCUCACGAUGACGGCUUUGCUCUCCUCACUAAUGAAGCCAUGCCUUCUGGCACCUCGAACGCGCCUCCUGACAACACUCCCGUCCCGGUGCUAUACCGCUUCACCUCUGGCGAGCAGACCUGGAGGACUUGGCUUGGUGGCCCGGGAGUGCACGAAAGCAUGGGGCUUGCUGCAUCACCCGACCUCAACGGCGACCUCGUGUACUCGGAAGCAGCGAAGACAUAUGGCGCUUACUUCGUCAUUACUGCUUACACUGGCGAUGCAUCAGGUCACUUCGGAGACAACAUUCAGUACGUCAACGAUGACGGCACUCGGGAAGACAUCACCGGCGCCACAAGCUCUGGCUUCGGCUGCUCUCACAAUACCGGUAUCGCCUUUGAGGCCGCAGACGAGGCUCCAUUUGCAAGCAUCUGCGCCGAAGACCAAGGAGCUGUUUGGCUUAAUACGAAAACGCAGUACAUGGACGGCGUCAAGAUCUCCAACGAGAACGUCACCAACGGCGCCAGCAAUGAAGCUAUGGGCGGCAUGAGCGGUUCCUACAGCGGCCUGGCACGGUUCAUCGACAGCGACUCUUACAUCUUCACCUGGGUAUCGCGAGGAGCCAAGGACUUAACCACGAAUGACUGGCUCGGCACUCCAUACACCCACGCCAUCAACCGCACCGUGAACCGUAAUGUCGCCAUCGCCCAAUUCUCCGACAAGAACACCCUCGUUGGUGAUGAGGCUACCUCCGAGCUCGUCGCCGACGGCGACUCCCAAGUAAACUGGAUUACGACCGGCACUGCCGACUGCUCCAAUGCACACGUAGCUGCAUUCGACGGCACGAACGCGCUAGUCACUUGGGAGGAGAUCGCUGAGCCGAGCUGCCCCUUCCUCUCUAUGGGCUGCAAGGGUGCUUUCACGGGAUCGUAUUUCCAACUCGUUAAUAACGGUGAGAAGGUUGGAGAACCCCUUAAGAGAAUGGAUGUCUUCGUUGCGGGUGACAUGGUUACGAUGAGUGAUGGCAGGAUUUGUUGGCCGUAUGUGGAUAUGGAUUGGACGCUCGAUGGGCCGGUGAUGAAUCCUGCGAGUGUUACCAAGAUGAGCUUUGCUUGUAUGAAUUUGGAUGGGUCGGGGAACUCGAGUACGGCGGUUUCUUCGUCUGCAGCGGCGGCUUCAUCGACUGGUGCUGCUUCUUCGGUUGCACAGUCAGUAGUACCAAAGCAGCUCCCGCCGAACGCGUGGUGGGUCAUCGACGCAGGAAGCACUUCUUCUGUCGACCCUCCUCCUGUAAAGGGCUCCCCUGUAGAGAGUACGCCUGCGGGGGGUUCUCCUGGAGAAAGGUCUCCGGCAACGCCCACCGCUACUGCUCCCGUAGUCGCUCUGACUCCUCCUGCUCCCCCAGUUGUUCUAACUCCUCCUGCCACACCGCCAAAGAAGAAACUCCCAUGA